CUCAACCUAGCACAGUUUAAUGCGUAUAUGACGUUGGUAAAAGAGAUGUUAUGUAAAGUAGAAACUGAACAGAGAACCAAGUUAGAACAGCUAGAACAGAUGAAGCAAGAACAGAAAUCCAUAGAAAUAACAAAAAUAACACCUACACCAGAUCCUAAAACAUUAGUCAGUCUUGGAGACAACAAACCUAAAUCUAUGAUGAGCCAGUUUUUAAAUGGGUUUGGUAUAAGUGGAAUGAUGAGUGCCUCCUCCCCGAAAGAACCAGAGAGUUCUCCUAAACCAGAACAUCCUACUGUUACCCCAUCAGCUCCUACACCACAGAAGGUAUCCUUGUCACUGGAAGAGAAACAGAGGCUGGCGAAAUCCCAGGAAGAUCACAGAAAGUUUAAAUCGCAACAACCAUUAAAUCCUAAACAAACCGACACAAAAAGUUUACAAAAUAACCAACCACGUGAUCUUACUUCCUCUCUCAUAGACUCAAAUAUCAAAAAUAUGAACAAAACCAGUCUAAGUUCUUCAACAAUGUCCAGUGCAGGUGCAUAUAUGGGAGGUAACUCUGGUGGUUACAUGGGAAGUAACUCUAGUACAACUUCUUAUAUGGGAAGUAACUCUAAUACAACCUCCUAUAUGGGAAGUAACUCUUCAACACCUGCCUACAUGGGAGGUAACUCUGCAUUUGGAGCAGGUAAUUCAGUGAAUGGAAGUAGAGCAAAUGCUUCAAAAUCUGUUGAUUUGUCAGCAUUUGAUAAUCUUCUUCCAAAUAAACCAAAGAAAUCUUUAAACGAAAUGAAAAAUUCCCAAAGUGCUCAAAGUUUUGGACAAAAUCAGAGCAUGGGAAAUAUGGGUAUGCCUAGAAUGAUGGGUAGUCCUGCACAACAAGGUAUGAUGGGUAAUCAGGGUAUGAUGGGAUAUCAGCAAAGUAUGGCUACCGGAGCUUUUGGACAACCACAACAAUUUGGUCAAAUGGGUGGAAACCAAAUGAUGUAUGGACAGCAAAACAUGAUGACAUCUCAACAAAAUAUGAUGACAUCUCAACAAAAUAUGAUGACAUCACAGCAAAAUAUGAUGACAUCAUCAGCAGCUAUGGGUUCUAAUUUUAUGAUGCCUCAGACCAUGUCAACAAAUCAGAAAGUGAACAAUUCCAACACCACUGACUUAUCCGAUAUUUUUGGAUGAUAGGCCUAUGUUAUAUUAAGUGUCAUAUGAAUUAUAUGUGCAAUAUUUAUGGAUUAAUGUUAUUCAGUAAUGACUGUUAUGAAAUGUGAUUGAAAUCUUCUCUAGUGGGCUUAAAAUAAAACUCCAUUAGAGAAGUAGGCCUAGACAGCCAUUUGCGACAUAAUUUUGUUAUGGAAAGGAACCUAUAAUGAGUGAAUGGAACGGCCCUUUUAAUCUAGACAGAGGCCCUGUGAUUUGAAAGGAAUAGCCAAUAGAAAUGAAAUGCAAUGUGGUUUAAUAUUCUAUUAUUCUACUCUGACAUAUGCCAUACACAGUGUGCCAGGAGUUAAAUUAUGGCAUCAUGGUGCAAUGAUAAUGCAUUUACCUUAAUUAUCGAACACAUUAAAAUAAGCAGACCAGUUCUAUCGAAGUCAAUGACUGAGUUUUAGUUAGAGCUUCACAUCUACACUGGUCGAUUUCAAGCAUAAGGUAACGAGAAUCAUUGAAGACAGUAACUCUGAUUAAAGGACAAUAUUGGUGUCAGUCUAUUUUUCUCAUGUUCUCUUAUCUAGUGACAUUCAAUUACUUUUUUGAAUUGUCAGAUAUCCACUCACAGUCUCACAUAACAGCUUUUGGUCUUCGAAGGAACUGUUCGUGAGCAGAAAUUCACCCAUGUAUCUGUUAUCACUUGUCACUUCAGUCAGUUAUAUAGAAGGAUGACUCAUGUUUUCCUUUGUGUUUGUCACUUCCUUCUGUAGAAACCUUCAUUACGCAUCUAUUGUAGCAAUGAUCUCUAUGUUAAAAUUAUAAUUGGAACGUGUUUAACCAGUUCUAUCACAUACGUUAAAAUGACUGACACCAAUAUUGUCCUUUAAAAAUACAUUAUGUAAGAUUUAAAUAGAGCUGACCAUUCUGGCUAUAAUAGCUCAAAAACUGAUAAUGUAAAAUGAAAAUAUUGAAAAUUUCAUUUAAAUUACUCCAUUCUGUGCCAAGUUAUCACCGUUUGUAGUUUUGACAAGAUGUGUGCAUAGUGGUAACCAGAGCACUGGUAUAUUCGAGACUUAGUCUCGCUUUCCCAUUUUUAAAUUAAAUUUUUAAAUGCCGAACAGUUCUAAUAUAGUUAAAAUCUCAAGUAUCUGAUGCCAUUGAGAGUUGAUUAUGGUCUUGUUUUGUUAAUUAAUGUCUAAUUAAUAAUUUAUAUAACAUUUCAGUCCUAAAGAAAAACCUGCAACAGGCAGAUUUAGCUCUUGCACAAUCUAUGUUAAAAAUUCAGUCAUUCUCAUCCAUAGAAUUGUUGAGAUUAAACUAAGUGUUUGUCAUAUUAUCUAGGCUGUAAUAUAAAACUGUGUCUGGCCAUGAUAAACUAGAUUACAUGUAUAUUAAAUUAUCUUAAUACUUUCAUAUACUCUGUACUUAAAACAGUCUUCAUAGAAAAGGGACAAGAUAUAGUCAUAGAAAUUACCCUCCCUCUGCCAAAAUAAUGUGGGAUACCUAUAAGGGUCAUAGAAAUUACCCUCUACCAACAUAAUGUGGGAUACUAGGGUCUGUAUUUAAAUACAAUAUAUUUUAUAUUCUUUGAAUGGCAUUUAGCAAUUUAGACGUUAUCAAAUAAACUCUAUUUAUGGAAUAACGAUUACUGUGACGUUUCAGAAAUGACUUGUGAAAUCUUGUUUCAGUGGUGUUUAGUAAUUGAACUGGAAAAUACAGGUCACAAUUCUAUGGAAUACAAUUACUGCUUAUUACUGAUAAUGACUAGAGAAACCUAGUCGAAAUGUCCCUCAGUAUAAGCAGUAAUUGUAUUCCAUAGAAUUGUGACCUGUAUAUUGUGAAAUCUUGUUGAAAUGUGGCGAAUUCCAUAAAAAAGUGUUUAAAUUUAGAAUAUAUUUUAGAUCAAUACUUUCAUUAGUCUUUAGAAUUUAUUAUUUCAAUUCAUGAUAACAGAAUAAUUUGAGGAAUCGGAUAAUAAUAUAACUUGACGAUUCUAUACUUUCAUUGAUCUUUAAAUCAAGAUAAUAAAAUAAUUUGAUGAAUCUAUAAUUAUUUGUUAAUCCUACUGAUCCUCAUUUCUGUUUUUGUGAAAGUAUCAAUUUCUUUGAAGAUUAAAGGAGCUAGACCACUAACUCAAUAUUUGCUAUAAUAUUCAAAAUUAAAAACAGGAAUUAUAAUUCAACAUUGGUCCAUUUCAAUCAAUAUUGAUGUUGUUAUCUUACCAAAUAUGUGAUUCUAAUAUUUAAAGCCUCGUUUACACUUUCCCCGCGAUAAGUGUGCCGUUCUUGGCCAGGCCACAAUAAAUUUUAAGAAAUUGAUCCGUUUACAUUACUCUAACAUAACCGGUCUCGGAACCGUGCCAGGCAGGCCAAAUGUGGAACUCUUCACAGAAAAGUUAAUUUCAGUCCCUAUGCAAAUUACCCGGAUGAAAACAAUUAUCGCAUUUGAUUUAGUUUGAGCAGCCAUUUUGACAGAACUGUCAAAGUUCACGGGGGAAAAAAGUCAAGGUUCAUUUGGCGCACGCGCAGUAAUCCGUACUGAAACCAUGCUCAGACCGGAUAGCGUUUACACUACGAAAAUUUAACAGUGCCGUGCCUGGCACAGUGCCGAAAAAACCUCACUUCAUUGGGCUAAAUGGGAAUGGUACUCAGUAGGGCAAACUUAUAUGUUUGACCUGUUUACACUGCAAAAAAAAUUAACUAUGCCUGGCACGUCUAAAAUUUGUAAUGUAAACAGGGUUUAAGACACAAUGAACAUUUUAAAAUCAGACACGACUCCUGUAUUCUAUGGACAUGUCAGAAGACAUAACACUCUUGCUGGCUUGACAACUCCAGAAAAUAAAAAAAUAGCCUUAUUCUAAGUACUAGAUGUGUUGGCGUCCUACCUGUUGUGUAAAUUAUCCAUUAAAUCCUAUUUUACUUGUCCAAAGGGUUCAAAAAUAUUUUUAAAUCCAAGUCACAUUUGAAAAGCUUUACGUCAGGCUUUUCAAAUCAUUUAGUUGAAUUUUUCCAAUUUUUUAAAUUAGGUGUGUUAAGAUGAAAUUUGUAUCAUCAAUUAAUUGGAAUAUUGUAAAAUAGUACAAUUUGUUGACCAGAAUAAAGAUUGGGACAUAUUAUUCAGUUACAACAAGAGUGGCUUUGAGCCUUUAAGAGCUGGGGGACAUCACAUCGCCAAUGUAAUUAAUUACAUUACCAUUACUUUUUAAAUGUAAUCAUCACAAUUACUUUCUUAUUUUUAGCAAUGUAAUUAAUUACAAUUACACAUCACAUUAAAAGUAAUUAAUUACCAUUACAUAUUACAUUGAAAGUAAUUAAUUACCAUUGAAAGUAAUUAAUUACCAUUGAAAGUAAUUAAUUACCAUUACACAUUACAUUGAAAGUAAUUAAUUACCAUUACCCAUUACUUUAUGACUAUAUAAAUAUAAUGUUUUAUAGAAAUUAAAAAGACAAUGUGAAAGUAAUUAAAGAUGGCUGAUUCACGAACAACAAAAAUAAAAACCCAUGUAGAAUGGAUUAAUCAGGCGCAAAUGACUGCCGUUCCGUUUUAACUGUUCGUGUAUUUCGUCGACCAUAAUUGAUUAGAAAUUACAGAAUAAACAAUGUAAAUCAGGUUAUAUACAUUCAUAUUACAUUAUUAUAUUCGUUGGGACCCAUUUGCGUUAAUGUCUAGGUCCGAAAUAUUAGCGAUUUAGCUCCUUUAAAGAUCCAUAUAAAAGAGCUAUACAUCCUUUAAUCACAAUAAAAUAUGUACAUUAUAUUUAAUCAUAGCUCACGUUUUAUAAUGCUACAUUCCAAAUAAGCUGAUAUAAUUUAAAUGUUAUUUAAUAAAUAAAUUAUAAUACCUGUUGUUAUUAAAAGGGAAGAU